AUGUAUUUGCACUGUUUCGGUUCGACAAGAUGGUGCCCAGGUAAUCUUAAAUGGAGUACAACAGGAAUAACAAUCAUCGGCAAUGGUUAUGGUUCAGGUCCAGAUCAAUUACAAUUUCCUCAAGGUUUAUUUAUCGAACCCAAAACACAAAUUUUAUAUGUUGCUGAUGUUUCCAAUAAUCGUGUACAAAAACGCUAUCCAAAUGGUGAAAUAGAAACAGCUGCAGGUCAAGCUAAUGCUUCCAGUGGAUCAACAUCAGAUAAACUAAACGGUCCACGAGACGUUUUUGCAGAUGAAAAUGAGAAUGUUUUCGUUGUUGAUGCAGGGAACGAACGAAUUCAAUUUUGGGAGAAAAAUGCUAAACGUGGAAAAACUGUUGCUGGGACUGGAACUGCCGGUUCAGCAUUAAAUGAAUUCAAUUAUCCAAUGAGAGUUUUGCUUGAUUCAAAGAAAAAUAUAAUAGUUGCCGAUUUGCAAAAUGAACGUAUAACAAGAUGGCCGCCUACAUAUGAUCCAAAAACAUCUAUUGGCACAAUUAUAGCAGGUGGUAAUGGUGCAGGCCUCAAUCCAUAUCAAUUAAAUAAUCCAACUGGUUUAUAUUUAGAUGAACCAAAUAAUAUCUUAUAUAUAUCAAACGAAGAAUCCCAUUCAGUAACACAAUGGUAUCUUGAGGCAUAUGGAAAUAAAAAUAUAUAUGCUGGUAUUCCUGGCAGACCUGGUAAUAGUGCAGCUCAAUUAAACAGUCCUCAAGGUCUAACUCUUGAUAAGUAUGGUAAUUUAUAUAUUACUGAUUGUGCUAACCAUCGAAUACAAAUGUUUUGUCCAUAUGCUGUAUAUGGUAUAACAAUUGCAGGUACUGGACAAAUCGGUAAUGGUAGUAAUGAAUUAUAUUAUCCACGCGAUGUGGCAUUUGAUUCAGAAAUGAAUUUAUAUGUCACAGAUACAUAUAACUAUCGUAUACAAAAGUUUGAAAGAAUACAAUAA